CAUUCGUUGGUAUAGUUACCAAAACAAAGAAGAAGAAGAAAAGAAGAAGAAAAUGGAAGUGAGUUUAUCCUCAACAUGUAUACCCCUAAGCUUCAAAUCGAACAACACGUUCUUGAAGCAUAACAAUUACGUUUCCCACUCUCAAAUUCCCACCCUCAAUCUUUCAACCAAACACAGAACAACAAUCUGUAACGCAAUCAAACCCACUUUAUCCUCCAACUGGCUCGUUUCCCAUGAUUUAUCUGCCAAAACCGCCUCUCCAUGGCUUCCCAACUUCGAAGAACUUGACACCACCAACAUGCUUCUCCGUCAAAGGAUUGUCUUUUUGGGUUCUCAGGUGGAUGAUACGACAGCAGAUUUUGUAAUCAGUCAACUUUUGUUUUUGGAUGCUGAUGAUCCUAAGAAAGACAUCAAGUUGUUCAUAAAUUGUCCUGGUGGUGCUAUUACUGCGGGAAUGGGAAUUUAUGAUGCCAUGAAGUUAUGCAAGGCAGAUGUGUCAACAGUUUGUCUCGGACUUGCAGCAUCCAUGGGUGCAUUUCUCCUUGCUGCUGGUACAAAAGGGAAGAGAUAUUGUAUGCCGAAUUCUAGAGUUAUGAUCCAUCAACCGCUUGGAUCUGUUGGCGGAACAGCUAUAGAAAUGAGAAUCCGUGCGAGAGAAUUGGCAUACCACAAGGUUAAGAUAAACAAGAUACUAUCAAGAAUAACACGAAAGCCUGAAGAGCAGAUUGAAUUGGACACGGAUCGUGAUUAUUUUAUGAAUGCUUGGGAAGCAAAGAAAUAUGGUUUAAUUGAUGAGGUUAUUGAUGACGGAAAACCAGGAUUAGUUGCUCCAAUUGUAGAUGCAACACCGCCUCCAAAAACAAAGAUGAGGAAUUUGUGGGAAAUUAAAGAAAAAUCAAAAGGUAAGAAGAUACUUCUUCCCUCAGAGGAAGCACCAACUGCUGUAUGAGUUAGGGGACAAACAAGGAUAGCGUUGCAUUGCUUUCAUGCACGAAAACAGAUAUAUCACCUCCAACAAGUGUUAAAGGGACUUUUCAAUUUGUGAUUCGUGAUAGCAGAUACAUGUCGUGUAAAAAUCAAUACAUAUAUUGUAUGCUUCAAGUGUUAGAUUCCUUAAUGAAUAUAUUUUUGUCCUCAAGAUUUAAGAAA